AGAGAGACAUCAGGCUAGAAGGGACAUCAAGGGGAGCCUAAGAGAACAAAACAAAAGCAAUAUAUGAGAACAUGGCAUGUGUUAGGAACACAAUCAGUGUCUCAAAGAUUAUACUUUUAUUUCUCGCAUUAAUGACAUAUUCAGUUUUAUUAUCUCUUAUAUCCAGUGAAAUAUUUUUAAGGAGAUAUCAUUCGAAUAUACUAAAUCAGUCUCGUGAUUUAAAAGGAUCUGAUAACAUUUUAAAGCAACUUGAGAUUGUGCCGGAACAACCAAGUAUUGUGUUGGUACAAUCAGAUGUUGUGUUAGAACAAUCAAGUAAAGUAUUAAAAGUACGAAAUGAUUCAGAUGCAAAAUCAAGUUCAAAUCAAAAUAAAAAGGAAUCUAUGCAAGUAAAUAGUCACCAUGACAACCAAUGGAAUGGAAAAGAGGGCAAUCGUGCAUUCUAUAAAAUACCAGGGGUUGAGAUUUACCUGAAAUCUGCUCAUCUGGAUGAUCGAUUUAACGAGACAUGUGUCCGGAUGUUCGGUAUCCAAAACACACGUAUCAAAAACAAUCAGACAAGAUUGUAUUGCAGAUUUACAAUAGAUGGCGCCACUUAUAAAAGCUACAAAUAUGUACCGGUGAAGAUUGUACCAGUUUUCCCACCUUACCCAUAUGGUGUGCUUUUCUACACAAGCUCGUAUUGGUGUGAUGUACCGCACCUCAGUGAUACGGAUUUCGUUGGAAUAUAUACAAGUAGAUCUAUCGAAACAAAUGAUGGAACAUUUCUGAAAAUUGAAAAUGAACAACUGAAGACUGGAAAAGUGAAACAAAAUAUGUCUAUUUGUGUUAAGCCAAUCACAGGGACGCAAAACGUUCUACGAUUUGUAGAGUGGAUAGAGUUCCAUAAAAUCUCAGGGAUUGACCAUUUUGUGAUUUAUACCAAUGAAAGCAAUAAUGCUAAUAAGAAUGAGGUUGAGCAAAUCUUGGAUUAUUACCAGACAAAGGGAUUACUAGAUGUGCAAUAUGACAGGUUUUUCUAUAGCAUACUGCCCCAUUUGAAAGUAAAAUAUGAACUUAAUGAUGAAAAAAUUGGUUGGAUAAUGUCACAGGUUUAUUUAACGUCCUAUAAUGAUUGUCUUUAUAGAUACAGGAACAGAUUCAACUAUAUUCUUAUGUUAGACCUCGAUGAGAUAAUCUCUUCUAGUGAUCCAAAUAUUCGCAUUAUUGACGUCAUCGAAUCAGGUGCGGCGAGGCUACCUAACGUCGGAGGAUGGCCCUUUCAUUCUGGUUGGCACCUGGACACGUAUGGUCAAGUAAAUAUUUCACCACAUCAGCAUUUACAUUCUCAAAUGUACCUCAAACGCUCUAUCAUAAACAGCGACUCCGAUAAAACAUUCAGCGCGACUGCGUACGCACUGCUGGUCACAUGGCAUGUGACGGUUUACUGUAAAUACACACAGGGACCAAUCAGAGAGAACUGCAACAUGUUCCCUGGGAUGUACCUAAAGCCUGCUGUGGAACAAGCCAUUGUUGUGCACCAUUACAGGCACUCUUGUAGGAGUAUGCCAAAAAAGUGCGAGGAGUACUUGAAAGGGACAGUUGUUGAUAAUUCAACAUUGCAAUAUGGGGAUGCUCUGAACAUAAAUGUAGUCAAGGUCUUCAAAGAUUUGGACUUACCAUUUCCUUAAAGGCCCCAUAUAAAGUAAAAACCAAUUUGGCUUCUAUUUAUAUAGCCUAGUCUUACCCAAUGUUAUAAAAUAUGAUAUGUGAAACUUUUUUUAAAAAGUGAUUUUUGAAGGACUUUUUAAUUUGUUUGAAACUGUUUCCAUUCUAAGUGAUAUCAUGAUGAUUUCACUAAGGGUGCAAUUUUUUAAAUACGCUGAAACAUUUAAGUGUUACAUUUUACUAUUGAAAUAAUGUGUCCUUUGUUCAAUCUUUGCAAUGGUGUUAUACGAUCCUGUAUUUCACAAUGUAAAAAAAUAACUAAAAUAACUUUUAAAGUCAUGAUAAAUGAUAAAAACACAUUUUCAAACUUUGCAUGGGGCCUUUAAAGGAUAAGUAUCGAUGUAAGAAUAAACUUUGGGGGGAAAGGUAAACCCCAUUUAGCUUUGUUCACACAUUAAGAGGAAGAUACAUUCGACAGAAUAGGAUAUGGAUGAUAAUUGGUAUAGAUACAGAAUACAGAAUUGACACUUUACAGAAUGAAGCAUACUUAUCCUAUGCCAAGUAGAGUUUAAGGGAGAUAAGUUAGUAAGAUAUAUCCCGUAUCCUGAUUUUGAGGUUUCCAUAUCCAGAACCUCCAUAUCUCCCGCCAUAUCUCCCGCUUCGGUGCAUAUCUUUUCGCUUCCGAUGCAUAUCUUCCCGCUUCCGGUAAUGCAAUAAAAUGACUUUGCAUAUGAAUGUUUUGUUUAUUUGUACACCUUGUACUAUUGAAAUGGCCAUAUGCCCCUGAAAACUCUAAUUGGUAUAAGAUAAAGCAGUUAUGUACGGUCGGUUUGGAUAUUGGGUUCAUCCCUCGUGAGAUGUGGACAUCUACCCUCGGUUCCUACGGUCCCUCAGGUAGAUAUGCAUAUCUCCCUCUGGAUAAACCCCAUAUCCAAAAACUCCCAGUACACAACCCUUAUGUAUUGGCACUUUAUGACCCUCUCGUUAUUUAACUUUAAAUGUUGAAGUAAAAAUCUUCAUUAAAGCAAAUAUAUAUUAUUGUCAUUUGAUGGUACUUUUUAUUGACUUAUGCUCAUAUUAUUAUGGGAAGGUACACUCUACAAAUUUUUAAAAAUCCCAGGACAAUUUAAGUAAUUACUCUGAAUAUACCAACUUUGGGGAAGUUUUAUUAUUCGUAUUCAUAUCUAACUGUUUUAAUCUGAUAUAUUUUGUACAAACGUCAACGCGGUAGCCUGACGUGAAAAAUAUGAAUAGUUGUUUGUACAUAUUGAUCUUUUUAUCCAAUGUAUCUCCUUUUUAUAAAGGGCA